AGUGGCUCUUUUUUAGCCGGCAAGUAAAGAUGGCGGACAUCCAGACCGAGAGGGCUUAUCAGAAGCAGCCAACGAUCUUCCAGAACAAGAAGCGGGUUCUUCUGGGAGAGACAGGCAAAGAGAAGCUCCCCCGUUACUACAGGAACGUCGGGCUGGGAUUCAAGACCCCCAGAGAGGCAAUCGAUGGCACCUACAUCGACAAGAAGUGCCUGUUCACAGGCAACGUGUCCAUCAGGGGCCGUAUCCUGUCAGGUGUGGUCACCAAGAUGAAGAUGCAGCGCACCAUUGUCAUCCGCAGAGACUAUCUGCACUACAACCGCUUCGAGAAACGCCACAAGAACAUGUCUGUGCAUCUGUCCCCCUGCUUCAGAGAUGUCCAGAUGGGAGAUAUCGUGACCGUCGGAGAGUGCCGUCCGCUCAGUAAAACGGUCCGGUUCAAUGUCCUGAAAAUCACCAGAGCUGUAGGAACCAAGAAACAAUUCCAGAAGUUCUAAAGCGGCAGCUUCGCUUUCAAUAAAACUUUACAAACUCCAAAAAAAAAAA